CUUCUUCUCUCCAGGCGGGUUUACAUAUCGUAUCUGGACAGUAUUCACUUCUUCAAGCCCCGGGCGUUGAGGACGGCAGUCUACCAUGAGAUCUUAAUAGGGUACCUGGAGUAUGUGAAGAAACUGGGCUAUGUGUAUGGUCAUAUCUGGGCGUGCCCCCCCAGUGAAGGGGACGACUACAUCUUCCACUGCCACCCGCAGGACCAGAAGAUCCCCAAGCCCAAGAGGCUGCAGGAGUGGUACAGGAAGAUGCUGGAGAAGGCCUUCGCAGAGAGGAUCCUCCAUGACUUCAAGGACAUCUUCAAGCAGGCCACGGAGGACCGCAUUACCAGUGCCAACGAGAUGCCCUACUUCGAAGGGGACUUCUGGCCCAACGUGCUGGAGGAGAGCAUCAAGGAGCUGGAGCAGGAGGAGGAGGAGAGGAAGAAGGAAGAGAACGUGGCCUCCUGUGAGACCCCCGAGGUAAGACGGAGUGCUUUGUACGAUGGAGGGGUGGACCCAAUCCGACCCCUAGACACCAUGUCCUAUGAAUUUGUAGAGGUCUCUGAGGAUUUCAUUGGUAUAAGCAGUACUGUGAAAACGUCUACCUAUCAGAGGAGAGGGCAGAUGAUGGUGUCUGUCCUCCUGUCUUUCGACAGCCACUUGGUCAAAGCAUGUCACAGACCUAUUCUUCUUUUGCCAUUUGUUUAUGUCCAUGUGUCCUCCAUCGCCUCUAACAGCUCUUUGCCCCCCUCUCAUAUCAGCACACU